CUGGGUUUCAUUCGUUCCGCGACUUUCGAACUGUGAAGUUGACUUUGUGACGCGUUACCACCGUCUUGGCCAAAACUCGUGACUGAUCGAGAGAGCAAGUCUGAAACCAGCUUAGAGCGAGAAGACAAGUGUUGGACACUGCAGUUCAGCAUCCGCGUUAGCCGUGCAAGAGAAAGAAACGGCCAUAGUCGUCUUUAGUUUUUGGAGACGUCUUCGCCGCGCUCUCGCAUUCUCUUGAGAAAGAUAGAGAUCUUGGAGCGCACCUCUUGAGAAAUACUGUAUAUUAUAUCGCGCGCUUGCAGGGUGUGGUGCUAAAAGUCAAUUCAUAAGAUGUGGCGCCCGAGUAUCUUAAAUUGCGUGUGGAGCACCCUGCUCCUGGCUAUUGUUAUCCAGCAAACAGAGGCCCAGCGAACUCCGACCAUAUCCUACAUCACACAGGAGCAGAUCAAGGAUAUUGGCGGAACUGUGGAGUUCGACUGUUCGGUUCAGUAUGCCAAAGAGUAUAAUGUGCUGUUCCUGAAGACGGACAGCGAUCCCGUCUUCUUGUCCACGGGAUCGACGCUGGUCAUUAAAGACUCGCGCUUUUCGCUGCGAUACGAUCCCAAUUCAUCCACCUACAAGUUGCAAAUUAAGGACAUCCAGGAGACGGAUGCAGGCACCUACACCUGCCAAGUGGUGAUAUCUGUCGUUCACAAAGUCAGUGCCGAUGUGAAGUUAUCGGUGAGGAGACCUCCCGUUAUCUCGGACAACUCCACGCAAUCGGUGGUGGCCAGCGAGGGCAGCGAAGUCCAGAUGGAGUGCUACGCCAGUGGCUAUCCCACACCCACCAUCACCUGGAGGCGAGAGAACAAUGCCAUUCUGCCUACGGAUAGCGCAACCUAUGUGGGCAACACUCUGCGUAUCAAGUCGGUGAAGAAGGAGGAUCGCGGCACCUACUACUGUGUGGCUGACAAUGGAGUGAGCAAGGGCGAUCGGCGUAACAUUAAUGUGGAGGUGGAAUUCGCUCCAGUGAUCACCGUGCCACGUCCACGAUUGGGACAAGCAUUGCAGUACGAUAUGGAUUUGGAGUGCCACAUCGAGGCCUAUCCGCCACCAGCCAUCGUUUGGACCAAGGACGACAUCCAGUUGGCCAACAACCAGCACUACAGCAUCUCGCACUUCGCCACCGCCGACGAGUACUCCGACUCGACGCUCCGUGUGAUCACCAUUGAGAAGCGCCAGUACGGUGAUUAUGUGUGCAAGGCCACCAAUCGCUUUGGAGAGGCGGAGGCGCGCGUCAACCUCUUCGAGACGAUCAUCCCCGUGUGCCCACCUGCCUGCGGACAGGCGUACUUCGCUGGAGCUGAGGAUGUAGCCGCCACAUCAUUCGCCCUGGUGGGCAUCCUUGCGGCACUGCUCUUCGCCAGAUAAGCCAAUAGGCCCACGGCCGCCGACUCCAUACGCUCCAAGUCCAAUUCCAUCAACCAGCCCUCGAGUGCAUAAACAUAUAUAAAGUAGAUAUAUCGAAAAACACACAUCGUAUAACCGCGCAAUAGAUGUCUCAAACGAUUCCAGAAAACAUACCCAUCUCCAGUUAUCAACUCGUUUUGUAGCUUCUGCUUCCGUUUCCGUUUAGUCCAGCCCAAUUUUCGUACGUCCAAUAUUAUGUCUUAAGUUAAGUAUGCUAAGUGAAGGGCCAACGAUAACUAGAACUAUAAUU